GGACUCCAUUGACUCAGAGCAGCGAGGAAGGUAAACACACGAGAUGAUCUGGACUAUUUUUCUGAUUUUCCAAGCUGUCCUGCUUUAUUUCCUUCUCACACACAGAUCGAGAUCCAAGAGCGAUCCUCCUCUAGACAAAGGAGUUAUCCCCUGGUUAGGCCAUGCACUUGAGUUUGGAAAAGACGCUUCCAAGUUCUUGGACCGAAUGAAGCAGAAACAUGGCGACAUUUUCACAGUGCGUGCUGCUGGACGUUAUGUGACGGUGCUGCUGGAUCCUCACUCGUACGACGCGGUCAUCAAUGACUCGGACUCCCUGGACUUCACUCGCUAUGCACAGGUGCUCAUGGAGAGGAUCUUCAACCUGCGGCUCCCUCAUCAUCAGCCGUCUAAUGUUUCAGCCUUGAUGAAAAAGCACUUCAUGGGAGUGAAUUUGGCCGCACUGAACAGCACCAUGAGCAGACACCUGCAGGCCUCACUGAAAACUGAGAUGCCUCAGAACCAGAAAGACUGGAAAGAGCAGGGACUAUUCAACCUCUCCUACAGCCUACUUUUCAAGGCGGGGUACCUGUCGCUGUUCGGAGGGGAACAAAACAACAACGGCACAGAUCCCUCCAGCGUCUAUGAGGAGUACAAGAAGUUUGAUGGCCUCUUGACUAAAAUGGCGAGAGGCACACUGAAGCCAGAGGAGAAGAGGACAGCCCAGAGUGUGCGGCAGAGACUGUGCGGGCUCCUGGCUCCAGCAGGCCUGACUCAGGACUCGGGGGCCAGCCCCUGGCUCCACGCCUACAGGAGGCUCCUGCAGGAGGAUGGGGCCGACGAGGAGACGCAGAGGAAGGCUGUGCUGAUGCAGCUGUGGGCCACACAGGGCAAUGUUGGUCCGGCUGCAUUUUGGCUGUUGGGCUACUUAUUGACAAACCCUGAAGCUCUGACAGCGGUGAAGAACGAGUUCAGCGCUGUCUCAACGAUGGAGACCUCAGAGACCUCAUUACUGGACAGACCUGUGAACACCCCUGUGUUUGAUAGCGCCUUAGAAGAAACCCUUAGACUCACUGCUGCCCCCUUCAUCACCAGAGAGGUAGUGCAGGAAAAAACCCUCAACAUGGCUGAUGGCCAACAGUACCUGCUAAGGAAAGGAGACCGGGUGUGUUUGUUCCCCUUCAACAGCCCUCAGAAGGACCCAGAGAUUCACCACGAGCCACAGAAAUAUAAGUACGAUCGCUUCCUGAAUAAAGAUGGCUCCGUGAAGAGAGAUUUUUAUAAAGGAGGGAGAAGGCUAAAAUAUUACACCAUGCCAUGGGGCGCAGGGGCCAAUGGCUGCAUGGGAAAGAAGUUUGCCAUCAACACCAUCAGACAGUUUGUUUACAUGGUGUUGACGAACUACGAUUUGGAGCUCUCUGACCCAAAUUCUCAGAUACCGGAGGUCAAUGCCAGUCGUUAUGGAUUUGGGAUGCUUCAACCUGAAAGAGACUUGCUUGUCCGAUACAGACCUAGAAAUACACACUAGGAAUAUAAAAGCAAUCAAAACACGGAAUCUUUAAAGCACAUUUCAACAAAUGCACAUUGUUUAUAGUGUCAAUAUGCCCCUUUGUACUUUUGUAUCUUUUAUUUAUAUAAUAUAGUAUAUCAUUAUUUUUGCUAUUUAUCAAUAAAUGUAAAUAAUGCAUUGUGUACCAUAUUGUGUUGUCAAAUUUCUAUGAGUUUGUUGGGUAAAAUGAUUGCUGAGUCCAUCACAAUCAUAUACAUGUUUGUGCCUUAUCCCACAUUACUAUUAGCUGGUAAGACUAUUAAUAAGACGUUGAAAUGUGUCUUCAUAAGGUAUGUUUUUAAGGAGCUGUGGGAAGUGUUGCUUGGGAGCAGUAUGUUAAAUAAAGACUACAAGCGUAGUGUGGGACGGCCUGUACUGUAAACAGAGCCGGCCACACAUCUGUCACACUUACACAUGCUCUCUGUUUGCAGAGUGAGGCUUAGUGGAAACUUCAGAUUGAUAUGUUGUUUGGAAAGCAACUGAUUACUUAGCAGGAGCAGAUCCACCGUGGACACAGAUAGUAAGGUACUGUUGCAGAGGAACAACAAACAACAUGCACUUACUCUGCUCAGAGAUACAAGUACAUCACGUUGACCCUGGAAAACACAAACUUUACAAAGUUAGGACUCGAACAUUAACAAAAUCAAUCCCGUUAGGCCCAAGAAAGUGGUGUUUCCUAAGUGUUGAAUCAUUCUGUAGGAACUAAUGGCUACAUUUUCCUCUGAGCCUGACUGUAUGCCAGUCUGCGGAGACCCAUUCUGCUGUUAUUGAAUUUCUCACCGCUCACUUUCCAGUUUAGAAAGCAUUAGCAGCUGACUGUCCAGGGAGGGCUACGAUAACUAAGAUGUUCCUGGGAGGCCUGACAGUAUGUCUGCCUCUAAUGGCUGAAAGUUUGAUAAUCCCUUAUUCCCAUAUGCAUAUAACGUGUGCUUAAUGUCCUUACUUGGAGGUCACGUACACUGACUGUGUUAAUACUGUAAUUGGUUGUCUGUUAUGGUCUAAUCUUAAUUUGA